ACUUCUGAGAGAAUUCAAGCAGUGCUCUCUCCGGGCUCACAAAAAUCCGUUAAAAGCUUCGAAGUUUCGAAGCCACCGCUCAAAUCUAGUUUCUCUCUUUUCCCCGCUCACCUGAGCGCACCUUUCGCCAAAGGCAAAGCACAAGCCGCUGCGCGUCUUAACUUGUCUUCGAGGUGCACACAUUCGUGAUCUGGGUCCGCAAAUGCCGCACGAUCAGUCGCGAGCGAAUCGAGUUGGAGUGCAAACGUCUCAAGCGGAAUCUCAAGUUGUAGCGCUAAACGCAGCGAUCGGAGUGUAUAUAUCUGUGUAUCGCUGAAAUACAAAGUUGAACCAAGUUGGAAUUUGCCACCAGUCGAAAUAAAUCUCGUAUCGAAUUAAUACUCGCAAUUUGCAUAAAGCGCAACUAAAGACGCGCUCUUUCAGUUAACCCACUUUCUAAACGACCAAACCAAAACCAAAAAAAAAUAAUAAAAAAGAAUAAUACUGCGACCGAUAUUCAGCAACAACGAAGCCAAUUAACGAGCAAAUAGUGCCAAGCAAAUAACUUCGAGUAACGUGCAAGUGAUUCAUGUUUUUUUCCUUCCAAGUGAAGUGCUUAGGUAAAUCGAAGCAUAGCUAAACAAAAAAAAACGCUUACUGGAAAACGCACUGGAAGCGAUAACGAUACCUGGAACGCCCCCAACCAGCCAACCAACAACGACUGUCAGUCAGUUGAAACCGCAACUGCAACAGCAGCAGCAUCAUCAUCGACGUAGCCAGGAACAACAACAGCAUAAAGUACGGAUUGCAAACAGCCCGGAUUGUAAAAACCAAUAAAUAUAAACAGAGGAAAACCAGGCGACAGGUGAAAAAGCUGAAGCAGAAUAUGGCCUAAGGUUUUUCGUCGGCGGAAGCAGCAGUAAGCAUCAAAUAUAGACUCAGCGAUGUCGUCCUCGAUCUGUUCGCACUUCACCCAAAAUGCCUGGAAGAAGGAUUUGUGCUCAAAUUGCUUCAAGUCCAAGGACGAACACAAGGCAGCCGCUGCAGCAGCUGCCUCCAAAAUGGGUGGCAGCCAUAAAACAGACAAAGAGGUUAAAACGGAUUACCCCAACAAGCACAAGACUCCGGCCAAGAGCAUAAUAAAGAAGGCUUUCGGGGUUAGAUUGACCAGUUCUUCCACUUCGGGAAAAUCCUCAAACUCGAAAGGUGGCAAGGUGUGCUUUCCCAAGCAGCUGCACGAGGUCAUUGGCUAUGGCGGCGAGUGGUCGGAAGACGAUGAUGACGAUGACGAUCACGAUUUUAUGAAUCUUGGCAAUGAGCACGAUGACAUGGCCAUUACCGAAACAGAUGAUGAGGAAACGGUGGAGCUGAAAAGGAUUACCAGGGCCAACACCGAUUUCAAUAUGAACAAUGGCAACCUCUUAGGCGAUGCCGAGGAGAAUAUCAAGAAAUCCUUUGCCGCCCUGAAGUUGGGUGCCCCUCAGGUGGACAAAGAGGGCAAGAAGCAGACCCUAACGAUCAAUGUGAUGCCUUUUGGCCAACCCAUCGGCAAAACAUCUUCAACGACUCCAGCGAAAAGUGCGCCUGCGGAAAGCAAAAGCAAACCAGCAACCUCUGUUGCAACAUCAGCUGGGGCAACACCGGCAAAAGCCAAACCAGCAACCAUAAACACAACAACAACAACAACGACAGCCAUCAAAAGCAGUAGUACAACUACGGCAACUGCCAGUGUUACCAAAAAGGUGACCACCACCCUAACACCCACACUAACCAUGGCCAAAAGCACUACAGCUACGGCAACUGCAACAGGGUCAGCUGUCGCAACGGCAACAUCUUCGCGAGAUGGCAAAGCUAGUCCGCCCAUAGAACGAGCCAUGGAAAAGUCACUGCUAGACGAGAUCUCCGAGACUUUGGAGCAAAAGCAGAAGCUAAGCGAGACAAAUGCAGCUGCCACAAAUUCAAGCGGAAACAACAGCAACAUCUCAACUUCCUCUACCAACAGCAGCAGCAAGAUCAAAUUCGAGCUAAGUGCCCUGAGUGACUCUCCGAAGCCAUUUCUUGACCUUAAGAAACCCAUCGCUCGGAAUGCGCCCAUCACCAGGGACCAGACCAAACCCAAGGUGAACGUGUGCCACAAAUACUCGGACACGGACAGCAAUUGCUCGGAUACGGAAAAUGGUGUCUCAGCCUACUAUGAUGUGGUGGAGACCCAGUUGAGUUAUGAGAAUCUCCCCGAUGGCAAGUACUCUGAACAGGUGGGUGUGGCCACCGCUGCCCAUACGGAGAACUCCGGUAAUUCCCACUACUCCAGUUCCCAGUACAUCACGGACAUGCUACUCAGCUCAAAAACCCGUGCAGCCAGCUAUAAUCUGCACGAGGGCAACUUUAUGACCAGCAAGAUAACCUCCGAUGGUCUGAUUGUGACCAAGUGCAGUUCCGAUGAUGCCUUGGACUCCACCGGCAGCAGUUUCGAUGGCAGUUCAGAUGAGGAAAAUGCCUACAACAUGAUUCGCAGUGAAUCGGAUUCGGGAAUUGGAAUUAGUCUGGGCAGUGAGUACAAGAACUUGGGUUUGGCCAAGGGAACGGUAAUCAGUGGAGAACAGCGGCAAAUGCUGGUGGAGAAGAAGCUAAGUGCUAGUACCAAUAACUCUGAUUACGAGGAUAUUCAGAUAGGAGAUCAGGCGGUGCCCAAGCCGGCUGUUAAGAGCAGGGAACUACAUGGCGAACCCGAUGGCAGUGCAGAUCCGGAUAAUAGCCUAGAGCAAAAGCAAAAACAAACACAACAAAAGGAGGCGGAUCAGCAGCUUCCUGCACUGCCAAAGUCACCGCCGCCACCCAUGAAGAUCGAUGCCAGGCCCUCGUUUCUACAUGGCCUGAAAAAGCCAGAAUUGCCGGUGAAACCACUUGUCAAUAGCCAUCCCAGCAGCAAUAAUUCCAAUACCAAUAACAGCAGCCAACUGAAAAGUUUCCUGGGCAAGAGACAACCCAGCUGCGCCGAGCAGCAAUUCAUCAGCCAGCUGCAAUCGGCCAUUUCGAAGUCCAGCGAGUGUCUACAGUUGGCCAAAGAGAAUCUAGCCGCUGACGAGGCCAAGCUGAAAAAGGGCAAAGCCCCGAAUCCGCCGCCAGAGCCAAAGCUGAGCGCUCCGCCCACGCCGGAGCGAGAUUACAGUCUGGUAGUUGAGUUCGAGCAAGCGGCGAAGGCGGCAGCAAAGCCAGCGGAAAAGACCACGUCAUCUGUCCCAGGUGAGACAUCAACAUCAACACCGACACCAGCUGAGAGCCAAAAGGGAGGAGCACCAAGUGUUGUAACAGGAGCAGCUACUGUUGCACCUGCAUCUGCCACUAUCAACAGCAAUUUGUACACCAGAAAGCCAGCCCUUCCGGUGGCUGCAGCCGCUCCUGUUAUCCGGGAGAAGGAUAAACGGGAACGGGCCGUGAUUAACCCCAAGUUCCGGAGUCUCAACACAUUCGUAAUGCAGCGAGCCAAUGCAGCCAAGCAGAUGCAGAUGCAAUCGGCCAGCUCAGUUCUGAGCCUGAAGCAACCGAUGACGCCAGAGCCAACGCCCCGGAAUCAGCGUCAUCUCUCCAUGUCAGAGGAAUGUCUGGCCGCAGCUGGCCUAGACAAAAAAUCCCCAUCGGCAUCGCCGCCACAGAAACAAAAGUCCAAGUUCUCCAUUAAAAAGUUCCUCCGCAUGGGCAGCAAUGGAGGUAACACCAAAUCAGGUGAAGCUCUGGGUAAAAAGGAGGCCAGUAUCUAUACGGAAAUAUGCACAGGAACGGAGGAGGGUAAUGCCUCUGGGAAACCUCGUCUGGUUAUCAUCCAUCCUAUCGAUAUAAAUCCCACGGCAGUGGAGGUGGUAAAGGAUAUUACCAAGACGAGUGACUCUGUUUCGGCUCAGACAGUGGCCGUGGUUACGGCCAAGCCACCGGCACCGCCCCUUCGAUCGAGCGCCAGUGAGGGCCAGCGUGCCCAUGAGGCUAACAAGCCGGCACGCCCACCGCCGCCCAAGAGCGCUGAACUCCGGCGGAAGCAGAAGACCGAACUGACCGCCACGCUCAGCAGCAGCAGCGUGGACUCCAAUGUCCUGGCACUGGGAUCCGGCACCGGAUCCGUUAAGCUGAAGGCCGACAACGUCUACGCCAAUUUGGGUGAAAUUCGCUCCUCGAUCGCACCACGUAAGCCAGAGCGCACGGCCAGCAUGCGGGAGCGGGAGGCCCAGCUGGAACUAGUACGCAAGCGCGGAGUCCUCACCGACACUAUCUCCAUUUGCUCGUCAAACGGUGACAAUGUAGCCACAGAUCAGGGCAAGGCGAUAACCAAGAUCAAUGCCAACACCACUGGUCAGGAGGCAGGGAAGUCCGCCUCCACUGCAAACAGUAGAACGAGCACCUUCGAGCGGCAACCCCAGAAGAAGAGCGAGCCCAAGAUGUCCAUCUCCAGCAAAUUAGAGAUCUUCGAGCAGCGUUCUAUUGAUGCAGCAGAUGCUGCCCAAAGAAGCAGUCUCAAGGACUCGGUGCGCAAGAUCAACAGCACCAUUGAUAGCUAUCUGAAGGACAAACGAGACUAUGAGAAUAUGUACGAGUUCGUGAAGAUGGGCUCUCCGCCACCACCAACGGCUACUGGUAAUACCACGCCAACGCCCUCCACUUCGACGCCUCCUCCGCCACCCACGCGCAGUAAUAUUGAUCUUUCCGUGGCUGGUCAGAGAUUGACCCAGGCCACGAGGCGUAACAACAUCUACUCGGAUACGGCAUCCAUUGCCAGUUACUCACGCAGCGAGUACGGACCGGUGCGAAACUACGGAUUGAACAACAGCUUGGCCAACAUUCCACGCAUCAUCUCCGCUUCAUAUGCAGGCAGUGAGGUGGGCGAGUUCGAUAUCUAUGCUCCGUACAGCUACUACGGCAGCGAGGCGGGCGGCGAUGUGGCCACGGACAUCAACGACAGCGUCUGGGGCAUGCCACAGGCCAACAAGAACCGCAGCAAGGCCACGAAUCGUUUGCGCAUGCGCAAAGGACGCAGUGUCGUGCACAAGACCAUCGAGGAUAACUACACCGCCGUGGUGGUGGCCAAUCAUGAGGCACUCGCCCAGGUGCUAGAUCAGCUCCAGCAAACUCCAGUGGUGCCGGCAGCUCUGCGUCCUCUGGCCAAUGCCAUCAACUUACGCUACGAGGACUUUACCAUCUUGGAGGGAACCCAGGCCUUUGUAGUGGGCAAGAAAGCCUUCCAUGCAGCCCUGUGGAGUUCAUCCCCAGUGACCUUGGCCCUAUCAGCUGAUUGCAACCAACUGGCCGGCGUUGGUGGUGAACUGAGUCAGCUGACCGGUGGAGUAAGCGAUGUGCUCAACCCGGUGACCGAAUUCUGUGACCUGGUGCCCAGUUACCAGUUGCCACUGAUGCCCUCGACAGAGGUGACCCUGCUGCAGGCCACCAUCUCAGUGCUACCAAGAUUGCAACUGGAGACUCUCCAAUCGAUCGGAUCAAUACUCAAGGGCAAGUCGCAGGUGCUGGACAAGAGCAACUUCAACUUCCGCGGCUCCAUUCCCAAUCUCAGUGGACUGAAGGAUGGAAAUGGAACAAUUGCUGGAAAUUUGAGGAACGUGGUCUCGGUGCAGAAUCUGAGUACCCUAAACGAAGAAUCCUCGGCCACAUCAAUGGGUGGAGAGGAUGGAUUGACCAAUGCAAAUGCCAUGCCUGCAUUCGAUGAUGUGAUGACGCGGGAGGUGGCCUUCAUCAUGCUGCAGCUGGUCAACGGAAUGAAGAACCUGCAGGCCAAGGCGAUCGAGGAGACGCCGCUUAGUCUGUCCAAUGUGGUGCUGUCCAAGGACAUGGACAACAAGGACGCCCAGGCGAGACUCUGUGUGCUGCAGGGAAACAACAAUGACGACGAUGAGCCCAUGGGAACGCUAUGCAAGUGCGCCCACUCCGCCUUGACCGACAUGCUUCCUGCCACAAAAAUCACGCCUAUCCUGGCAGACAUCCUGCAGCAGGAACGAGCCGAAUCCCUGUCCAAGGCAAAGGCAGUCCUGGAGUUUGUGCUGUGGGGUCCCUCGGAUGUGGCGCUCACUGGAUCCAUCAAGGAAAGGGAAUUGGCCCUUCAGCGAUGGUUGGACCUGGAAAGGGCCACCGUGCUCCAUGGAUUGGUGCGAACUCGGGUGGAGCUGACCGUAUACGACGAAUGUCAUCUGAUGUUCCUCGUCCGCUCCACGGCCAAGAUGAUGAACGAUGCGGCCAAGAUUGUGUGCAACUACCAGCAGACGAAUGGAUCUGCCAGCCAGGAUUAGUUCCAGUUAUUCUGCGAGUUAACCCUGCUCAAUGCUAAAGGAAUUAUCAUAUAAAUACUAUACGAAACUGUCAUAGACACUUAGUCCUUAGAGUCAACGAAUUAUAUAUACUCUGAAUCGCCCCAUAUAAACAUACUAUACAUAUAUACAUAUAUAUAUAUAUAUCUAUAUAUCUUUGCCCAGCGUGCCAAAUUGUUUCGCGCGGAAAUUGUCAUGUAAAAAAUAUGCUUAUCGUAUGCAAACUCAAACGAUUUUUGCAACUUUAAUUAAUUAGUAAUCUAUAAUUAAGUCAUUAAACUAAACGAAUAUUUAUAUUUCCUUUUACGAGUAUGUAAUUUUGUAUACUUUAUCAGAUUGCAACUAUUAUCAAUGAGUAUGCCAACAAUUUGAUUAGCAAGAACAAAAAACUUUUUGGUGUUUGAACAAAUACAUAUAUGGUUAAUACAAAUAAUGUCUAAAUAAAUAAAUGCAAAAAUAUCUAUGUAGU